AGGGUUCGAAUGAGUUUUUGUUCUGUGAAUUCAGUGUUUUCGUCCUGUUCCAACAUCGUCAGCGGCGUUUGGCGGACAUAUCAAGAAGACGUUCACUGCAAUAGUGGAAAGCAACAGACAUGUACGAGGACCAAAAAAGUUCGUCAGGGAGUGGCGCCUCGACAAACUGCGAUGAAGCAGAAAUAGUUAAUAGAUUCUUGGCACCCUUGUGUGCACGGGAUGAGACCGCGAGAAAUAUUGCCCUUGCUGCAGCUCGCACAAUUGUCGAAGGAUGGCUGGGUAGUAUGUCAGGUCCGAAUCAGUGGAGGGAUGUGGGGGACACGGAAAAUACGAGUGAAGAGCAGACAGGAAAGUUCAGAAGCCAGAACGGCAGGUAUGACAUGAACAUUGAGCGAUCACCAACCAAAGCUACCCCUAAGCAUCGAUCAACAUACCACCCUCAUUUGCGCGAUACUUUCCGAACUGAGGGCUUCUUCCCACAAAGUGUAACUGAUCACAGCACCCUUCUUGGUGACCGUAGACUCGAUAGCAUAGAGGGAUAUAGUGUUGAUAACGAGGCGUCGAAUUUCAGUUCACCAAAGAACACAUGGAACCGUAGUGACGUUGAGCCCGUUGUCGACAAUUUCGGUAAUGCAACAUCCUUAGACGAGGGUGCCGGACUAUUUAUCGUUAACCGCACCGACAAAUGUAACGUAGAACGAGAUUCGCGCUUUGGCUCAAGCAGUGAGAGUGAGCACAGGGUGUUUGAUCUCUCGUCGAGCGAAAAAUCAAAUAAGUCAUAUCAGGAGGAGUCGAGGCAUCGACUUGGUAGAAUGAAGGGAGGGAGACACAAGCAGGAAGACGAUGACCCAGACCCAGACGAUCGAAUAUACGGCAAGAGUCCAAAGUUCGAUGAGAAUUUUGGUCACCUCGAAACGAGUUAUGGGAGUCAUUUCCUCGGCCGCGAAAAAGGUUCUUUCGUGGGAUCGGGGGGUGCUGGGGCACUGGAGGCCGACACCUCCAGACAAUCUCGUAAUCAGGAAGGAGUUGUCUUCAAUACGCUGGAAGGUUUCGAUAAUGAGUGCAAGAUACCAGGGCAGGAAGACGAAGUCCUAGAAAACAUGAAUCUGGAGAAUUUUGAUCAGCCCCCAUGGGAUUCUGCUUUCCCAUUCCACUUGCCUUCGCGCACCAUUGAGGACCGGGAAUUCAGUGGUGGUGAGGUGACAGGUCCCCUCUUUCGAGAGGGGGAAACCUCCUCAAAAAGCGAUCGGAUCCUGGAGGGUCCUGACGUAACCCCCGGCGAAGUCGGAAGAAUGCUAAAUCUGGGUGACGCCCUGGACGGGCCUCGGUCACAGACUCGAUCCAACAAAUACCUGAGUCUCGUGAUGCUGCACCUCCCAGUGAUCCUUCGACUCAGCGUCAAUUGCCCUUUCCAAAAUGUUAGAGUCAAGUGUGCUGAGAUCCUGCAUAUGGUCAAGGACAGAGGACUUCCGGUACCUGAGCCCGCAUUCAGUGGACCAAGUGCUUUCAUACCAGCAUCAGAGCUCCCGGACCCGAACAAUCUCGACAAGAAGACACACAUGCUGCUGAUGGACGCUUUCCUCCAGAAUAAUCGACUGGAUCAUGUCUCGCAGGUGAUGUCAUCGCAUGGAUCUUACCUGGAGCAUUUUCUCAGGACACAGAAUUUUGUUCUGCGUGGGGAUGGACCGUUGCCUUACGAUUAUCGACAUCUUAUUGCUAUCAUGGCCGCUGGAAGGCAUCAGUGCAGCUACUUGAUAAACCUCCAGAAAGGAGAGUUCCUCCAUCAAGGAGGUGAUCGUACCUGGUUGCAGGGGCUCAGAUCGUUACCAGCUAAGUUGCAGAAUCUUUACGAGAUCAAUAAGAUUCUGGCGCACAGGCCGUGGCUACUGAACAAAACUCAUAUAGAGAAAUUGACAAAAGGUGCAGAUAGUUGGUCACUUGCUGAGGUAGUUCACGCGAUAGUCUUACUGGCGCAUUUCCACUCCCUAUCAUCUUUUGUAUUCUCCUGUGGUAUUAACGAGGAACUCGACAAUGUCACAGGCCAUCAUUAUAAGGAGAAUGUACAGGACAAUAGCAAUAAUUUGCAACCUGCCAAAGACAAGCUCAUGAGCAGUCCCAAAAAGAUACCCACGGGCGGUGGCAAGACUGAUAACAUCCCGUCACCGCCCUCAUCACCGAGUAUAGUUGGCGAACAGGAGGUAGGUGUGGAGACCCUCAUGGAGAGAAUGAAGCGUCUGUCGGAAAAAUCAGAAUCCUACCAGAUAACUCAGGAGGAAUUGUCGAAAAGAUUUGAGACUGUUGAGACACAGUCCGCAGAAUUGGCAGCAGCACCACAGAGGAGUAGUACAGUUAUUGAUUCUGACAUUGGACUUUUCAUCGAUGAUCCCACAUUCAUAUACCAAGACUUUGCCAAGAGGGGACAAUUAAACGACAUACCAACGUUUCGUGUUCAAGACUACUCCUGGGACGAUCACGGCUACUCCCUAGUGAAUCGUCUGUACAACGACGUUGGUAACCUCCUAGACGAUAAAUUCAAAACCGCCUACAAUUUAACUUACUACACGAUGGGUACACACAGCAAAGUCGAUACAUCACGUUUCAGACGUGCCAUAUGGAACUACAUUCAGUGUAUGUUUGGUAUAAGGCACGAUGACUACGACUACAACGAGGUCAAUCAGUUGCUCGAGAGAAGUCUCAAGACAUUCAUAAAAAGUGCUGUUUGUUACCCUGAGAGAGUCACCAAGAGGGAUUACGACAGAGUCAUGAGGGAGUUCAAGCACAGUGAGAAAAUUCACGUUAAUCUCAUGAUUCUCGAGGCUAGAAUGCAGGCAGAGCUUCUGUACGCCCUUCGUGCUGUCAUGAGGUAUAUGACCUAAUCCUGAGUUAAAAUGGAACAAAUGUGAUUGGGGCUCAAUCAGAUCAUCUGUUGAGACUCUCCUCUAGUGACGAAAGAUCAAGAGAAUUGGAUUGUUUUCGCUGGAUUAAAUAGGGACAGGAGAGGUUUAAAUGUGUACAAAGAUAAUUGGGGUGAAGAUAUGAAUUAUCGAUGGAGUUUGGCACUUGAGGGUCAUUUGAAGGAUUUCCAAAGAGAUCAGGGGGAGUUUGGCACUGGAGGAAUGAGGAAUUUUCGUGGAUUUUUCGGUGUGAGAGAUUUAUCUGUGUUCUGUAUUUUAAAAUGUGAGGGAAAAAAUUUGUUCAACCACUCGAGAUCUGAAUUUUGAGUUUCGUGAGGAAUUUAGCGCUCGUUAUAGACGUCGACAUUAUUUUUUCCAGUUCUUCCUGUUUUUUUUAAAUUUGAUUUUUUUUAUUGAAUAUUACUCUGUGCUUGUCGCUUGUGGUGGGACAGGGGUGUUCAGGGGGGUGUUGAAAGACGAUUAGUGAGACGUUUUGAGCUAGUGACAGCAUCGAAUAAAAAUUAAGUUAAAUUAUGGGAUGUAGGAGAGGUGUAAAUUGUAAGAAAUUAGGAUUUUUUGAAUUGAGUGAUGGAGGAAAUUAUUGGAAGUUAUAAUUUUUACCCCUUAUGGAAGAGCAAUGGGGCAUUCUAAUGAUUUGUAAAUAAUAGAUUGUGUAUUCUUGUACAUUCGGCUCGUUUUUAUGACGGUUUUUAAUCACAUUAGGUUCGAGUGGUGCUUCCACGACAGAAUUGGAUUUUUAUUUUUUAUUGAAAGCGUUUUUUGCAAAAUUAUGCUUUGGGAAUGGAAAUGUAUGUUUUUUUCUCGAAGCCAUUGGGUCAGUGUUUGAAAUUGUGGUUUAUUUUGGUUAUUUUUUUAAUUUUUGUCUAAUUAACUAUUCAGAGUCGACCGCCAGCUCGAUCUUUUAGUGUACAUACUUGGAGUGACGAUUGAAAGAGCAUAAAUUUCUAUUGUAAUAAUCGUGAAAUGCCGAUGGUUAAUAUGAAAUAUAAUAUAUCUUUCAUUGGACCUGUUGGGGUGGAAAUAAUUAACAUAAUCUUAUCCUCCAAUGGGCACACGUGUAAAUAAAAGGGUUAUUUGAACGUCUACAAUUAAUCACCGGCGAAAAUCAGAAGUUGUUCGAAAAUUAGAGAUAAUGGGAUUAAUAAUCAACUGAAAGAACAAAUUAAUUGAAAUUUUGAGAACCUUAAAUUGUAUGCAAACGACAGAUGGCAGUCAUCAACGAAUAUUCAUGCCUUUGAUGUUAGGAUUGGAAAUCAAUUGAACGAUUAGAAUUUUUGAUGUUCUUACAAUUAAUUAAAUCGACCGACAAAUUAGAGAAAUUCUGAAAGAAAUAAAUCUUGAAAUUAAACGAAAGCGAAUAAAUUUAUUUUGGUUAGUCAUUCAAGAGAAUACACAGCUGAGAUAAAAUGAAAAAUCCCCGUAAAUUGAAAGACAUAAGAAUUAUACACACGAAUUAAUAUUCUGUGAUCGCAUAUUGAAUCAUAUAAAUAGAGGAAACAAAAAGAUAUAUAUUGUAUACAUUUACGGAUAAUGGAGGGAAUGAAGAAGUGAAGAAAUUUCAAAAAUUUAAUGAGAAAUUGACAUCGUCUGUAGAAAAUCUUUGUCUGUGUGUGCACUGAGGCAGAUUUACGUGUGAAAUUCCAUAAAAAAUAACGAAUGAAAACAAAAUUUCGACCAAUAGCCCGAGACAUUGAAUUGUCGUAUUUUUCAACAGAAAAACCAUUUCUACAUAUCAGGCAGGCUCUGAUGUCGAACAUUUCAAAAUUAAUUUUUCACCAAUUGAUAAUUUAGUCACAUUUUCGUGAAUAAUUUUUGAUCGUUAAAAGCGGAAAAUUCGGUAGUAGCAAAGCGUCAGUAUUGAGUUUAAGUUUAAUUUAUAGAAAAAUUUUUACAUACUUCUCUUUUUUCUCCCCCCCCCCUCCCCUUCCCCUUCCCAGCAAUAAUUUCCCCAGUAAAUUCUCAAAAACUCCUUUCAACUACUUAAUGAAAGUUCAGAAUCAGCUAUUAAAGUAGAAUUAAACGAAUCAAAUCAAAAUUGAGGGAACAAAUGCAGAAAGGAAGAGAAAAUUUAAUCACUUCAAUUCAACCAUAAAACAUCAUUCACUUUUCAUUGGAGUUUUUGUGGUUUCUAGCUUUAAACUAUAUUCAACAAUAAGUCUCACGAAUAUUUGUUCACCGAUCGCUCUGAUUAUUGAGUCUCGGUUGCAAUAAAUUAGCUUAGGCACAAUUCAGUGGUGAAAUUACAAAAAAUUUUGUUAAUCGUGAUAAUAUCUCGAGAAUGAGAGAGUCUGGGGGAAUAUUCUCACCCCAACUUCACUCACUUCAGGACAAUUCACCAGUUGACAAUAACAAUAACUUCACUGCUUGAUUGAUCCAUCUCCCAUUGCAUCUCUUCUCCCCUAAUUUUAUACCUUUCACUCUCCUCUAAUCAUUCUUCUAAUCACGCAUCUCAUCAACAAUUGUUUUUUUUUUUAAAGAUCGGUCCCUUAUUGGCAUUCUGCCAAGACCCUGUGGAGAAUUCACAGGGCGUAUUUUUUUUAUAAGUUAAGGAAACAUAAAACAUGAAUGAGGAUACACGUUCUCUCCAACAAAUCAAUCACCCGAUGCAAUGGUAUCAUUCAUCCGCAAAUUUCUCAACAAAGAAAUUGAGUGAUGACGUGCAUCCUCAUGUAAUGAUCUCUUCGAGGGACUGAGCGAUUAAAAAAGUGAAUAAAAGUGUUUUUAACGAGAAAAAAAAAUAAAGAAAAAUAUACCUAUACAUAAAUAUAAAACCAAGACACUUGUCUUGUAUUUCUAAUCGAUUUUUUUUCUUUUUUGUACUCAAAGGCACGAUGUUGGUAAGCGAAAUAAUUUACGAGAGAAUUUGUAACGAUUAUUUUUCAUUGUUGAUCUUAACAAAGGGUAAACAGUUUAUUUCGACGAUGUAACCGAGUGUCAGAAUGUAGAAUUAAUUUCAAUUCCUUCGUAUGGAUUUUUCUUUUCUAUUUUUAAGGGAAAUCCCUCAGUGAAGUGGUGAAACGCAACGACUUUGGCCUAAUAUUCACCACAAUUGAAUAUUUAUUGGAGAUGUAAUUGACUUUUGGCAAUUAUUCUCAAAUAAUUCAUUAUCUAGAUAAUUUCAGUUUGAAGUGAGUAUUAAAAAUGGAAUUUUUGUGUCACGUUUCACUGAUUCACUGGGGAACAGUGGAUUGAGACAAAGUUGAACUAAGGCUUGUGUGAUUUGAUAUUUCCACUCGUAAAGUGGGCAGAAAAUUCAACAGUUGAAAUAGAUCGUGAUAAACCUAACUCAAAUAAACGAAAUCUUAUUUCUUUUAUAAUUAAAAGCAUUGGAAUCGAGCGCCGGGUUCGUUCGACGAACAAUUCGACAGAAUUAAUCGACAAUUACUUCAUUUUUAUAAUUUAUUCACCGACGAAGAAGAGCAGAGUGUGAGAGGGGAGAGUGAAAGUCAACGUCUAAUCAUUGCAGACGUGAAAAUGAAAAUGACAGUGAACUUUCACGAUUGUCACCAAAACGCCCUGAGUAGUCAGAACCGAAUGGAGGGAGAUAAAUCGAUGAGUUAUCACUAUGAUUGAUAAAUUCUGUCAUUCAUGGAUUUUUUAGCCAUUGAGCACUGAUAAGCAUCGAUCGUCGCCUUCUGGAGUCACAGAACAUAUUAUUGUACUAGAAAUGCCACCGAAACCAGAACCGAAUGAUUGUGUGAUGAUUUAAGUCACUUUGACAUUGGCCCAUCCGAGAAAAAUCGGACUGGACAGCAUAACAAUUUCAAUUUUAACAAAAGAAAGAAGCGAUUAGAAACCGAUAAUGACGUUGCACUUGACAUCAGAUCUCCAGACACGAGUUGAUUUUUUUUUUCCAUCAUUUCACCUCAGAGUGAUUAUGACUCAUUUGGAGAAUGGGUUUUCAAUAUCAAAAAGUAUUUCUGGCUUCACUGGCUCGAUUAAGCUCUGCGGUCAUUGCCUAAUCCCGUCAUGAUCCACCAGAAUGAGAAACCACAGUUCAUUUUUUUUACUUUUUUCAAAUUGACUCGUCGGUUUGGGGGUUUGUUGAUCGGUGAUAGAGGGUUGUAUGUGAUGUGAUUUCUUUUAUAUCGUAAACGAACAAUGAACACUCUAAGAAAUGUUAUAGUUUCCUAUAAACGAUAUGUUAUUUGUCAUUUAUUUUAUCCCUUAAUAAAUGAUGUUAUAUAAAAGAAAA